AAGAAAUACGAACAGUAAUAGAGCCUGCUGCAAAAAAAUGCCUAAAAACUUUGAGUAGUGAUCGCUUACCAGUCGUUUGGGAACUUGCACUUGGGAAGGCAAAAUAUUAGCUCUAUGCUAAGGCGGUGACAUGAUUUCCUGCGAAUCCCAGCCAUCUGUAAAUAAGCUACAUAUAAACUUUUCCAUUUGGAGCCAAAGAUUUAGUUCGUAAGCACAGUAGUUGAAAAAUGUCUACAGCAAACUAUAAGACACCGGGAGAGAUAGUGGGUAAAUCAUACGACUACAUUGCAGGCCCUGGAACAUAUCUUAAUAACAAUACGAUCUACGCCUGUGUUGUGGGCAUAAGGCGCGUCAUUCCCUCGCCACCAAAAGCUGAAGACAAGAGACCCACUGUUGAAGUAGUGAAAGAGAAGGAGCAUGGGCCCGUGCCUGAACCAGGAGCCAUUAUUACUGCCAGAAUUACAAAGGUGAUGGUUAGAAUGGCUUCAGCGGAUGUUAUCUGUGUUGGGACAAGGGCAGUCAAAGAAAAGUUUACAGGCAUUGUGAGGCACCAAGAUGUACGGGCGACAGAAAUUGACAAGGUUGAUUUGCAUACAUCAUUUCGCCCAGGGGACAUAGUCCGAGCAGAAGUUCUCUCUCUCGGGGAUGCGCGUGCAUAUUAUCUCUCCACGGCUAAGAAUGAGCUGGGUGUUGUAUCUGCUGAAAGCAUUUCAGGUACAACAAUGGUUCCACUCAGCCUUACAGAGAUGCAGUGCCCUUUGACAGGUCAAAUAGAGCGGCGAAAGGUUGCUAAAGUGGUCUGAUUUGUAACAAGGAUUUUCAUUCCUUUUCCUACACAGUUCAGUGGAUUUGUUAUUUUAUCCAAUUUCAUACCUUCGUAUCCAUGUGGGCCUGCACUCAUUUCAGUAUGAGAGGAUGGAUUUUUGAAUGUUGGACGUUACACAUUUAAAGUCUAGAUGGUUCAAAUUGUUUAUUUUGGAGUUGAAAAAUUAAUUGAGACAUGAGAUUCGGAUC